CGCUCUCCGAGGCGGCUGGUGCCGGGACCAGUUCGGAAGGGGCUACCGGGAAAGGACGGAGUAGCGGGGCGGAGCGGUUCCUAGGUAAAGCCUGUGCGCUGAUGCAGAGGAUACAUUUUGAGAAGGUUUAGAGUGAGACAAGAAGAGAGUUUGAAGAACUCACUUUUGUUUAAGUGGAAUAGGAGGAACCAAGGAAGACUGAAAAAAAUAUUAUAUUUACUUGACUUCGGCUCUGAAUGCUUUGGUGAGAGCAUUUUCAUGGAAUGGUGGAACAGAGGCCAAAUUGCAUAACAUGCAACGGGUGUUGUCAUUGACCUUUUGAAAAACAAGAGCUACUAUGUUCUUUCUCCCCAGAAAAAAAAAUUUGCAUAUAUGUGUUUGCAAUGGCUGCUGCUGUGAACUUGGAACUUGAUCCCAUUUUUUUGAAAGCACUAGGCUUCUUACAUUCAAAGAGUAAGGAUUCUGCUGAAAAGCUAAAAGCAUUGCUUGAUGAAUCUUUGGCUCGGGGCACUGAUUCAAGUUACCGUCCAUCUCAAAAGGAUGUGGAGCCACCCAAAAUUGCAAGCACAAAAACUAUUUCUGUUAAGCCAGAACCCAAAGCAUCAACGAGUCUUCCUUCUGGCAAUAAUAAUGGGAAGGUUCCCUCAACUGAAAAGGUGAAGAAGGAAGCUGAAAAGAGACCUGCUGAUAAAAUGAAAUCAGACACUGUUGAAGGAGUUGAUAUUCCAAAGAAACCCAGAUUGGAUAAACCAGAGACACGGUCCUCUCCCAUUACUGUGCAAACCAGCAGGGAUUUAGCUAUGGCUGACCUUUCCAGUUUUGAGACCAGUGCUGAUGAUUUUGCUAUGCAGAUGGGAUUGGCUUGUAUUGUUUGCAGGCAAAUGACAGUGGCAUCGGGUAAUCAAUUAGUAGAAUGUCAAGAAUGCCAUAAUCUCUACCACCAAGAUUGCCAUAAGCCCCAAGUGACAGACAAGGAGGUGAAUGACCCUCGCCUUGUGUGGUACUGUGCCCGAUGUACCAAACAAAUGAAAAAAAUGGCUCAAAAAACUCAGAAACCACCACAGAAACCUGCCCCCACAGUUGUUUCUGUGGCUCCCGCUGUCAAAGAUCCGUUGGUUAAGAAACCAGAAACUAAACUCAAACAAGAGCCAACUUUUCUAGCAUUUAAGAGAACAGAAGUCAAGACAUCCGGGGUUAUUUCAGGAAAUUCUUCUAGUACCAGUGUUUCCUCUUCAGUAACUAGUGGCCUAACUGGAUGGGCAGCUUUUGCAGCCAAAACGACUUCUACUGGUCCUUCAACAGCAAAAUUGAGUUCUACAACCCAAAACAAUAGUGGGAAACCUGCUACUUCAGCAGCUAACCAGAAGCCUGUGGGUUUGACGGGUCUGGCAACAUCAUCCAAAGGUGGAAUAGGUUCCAAAUUAGGUUCUAAUAAUAACACGUCACCCACUGUACCAUUGAAACCACCUCCAUCUCUAACUUUGGGCAAAACUGGCCUCAGUCGCUCAGUUAGUUGUGACAAUGUUAGCAAAGUAGGUCUUCCUAGUCCAAGUAGUUUAGUUCCAGGAAGCAGCAGCCAAGUAAGUGGAAAUGGAAACAGUGGGACAGCAGGGCCGAGCGGAAGUGCCCCCAGCAAAACCACAUCAGAACCAAGCAGCACUCCCUCAGCAUCCCUUAAAGGUCCAACUUCACAAGAAUCACAGCUCAAUGCCAUGAAGCGAUUACAGAUGGUCAAGAAGAAAGCUGCCCAAAAGAAACUCAAGAAGUGAUGUGGCCAAGUAGGUUUUAAUAUCACAGUACCCUAAAGAUUAAAAUCUUA